AUGGCAAUAAAGAUUUUAUUAAUCGCAACUUUAGCUUUUAUUUGUCUUGCAAUAGAAGAAGACAGCUCACAGUUUUUGAAAGAAGAUGCAUGCAUGAAUUUAUUAGAAAGCAUGAUUAGGGUAGAGAAAGCAAAAUUCACUGAAAUUUUCAAUCUUAGGCCAAAUUUAAGGAAAAAAGAACUUCGAGAUAAACUCAGUGAAAAUGCAUUCAAUUUCUGCACAAAACAAAUCACUGAUAUAGAAGCUCACGAAAUUUUGAGGGCAAAAUCAAGCAAGCUGCCUUCAUAUUUCCAUCUCUUGCCUUUAAAUAUUGAUAGCAUUCAUUUUCCUGAAGAUUUAUCGCCAGACAAAGCUUGGCCUUCACAUAGACGAGCAAUUAAGAAAAGACUCAAUCAACCCACGUAAGCGAGCAAAAUAUUUAGAAAAUCCCUUUAAUAUAUAUAUGGUAAUAAUUAUUAUUUUUUAGCUAAUUCUUUUUAAAUUUAAAUAAAUUGCAUAUUGAUGCAUAAAUUUUUAAUUCACAAUUUUUUUGGGAUUUUUUUAUUUUUUAAAAAAAAAUUUUACUCUAAAAUUUAUAUACAAUUUUUUUAAAAAAUAAUUAAUCCUCUCCAUGAUAACAAAAUUUUUUUUAUAGCUCACAAAGGGGGGAAGUUAGCAGAAUGAGAAAUAAUAAAAUGAAAAACCCUCGUGACCUUUAA